GAAGACUCGUCGGGACAGCACGGCGGGGCGCGCCUAUCGGGAGGGUCGAGGGUGCGUGCUGGACUUGGGGUCCUGGAGAGCUUUGGGAUUGACGCGGGCUGCGGAGCCAUGAAGAAGGGACAGAGCGCGCAGCGGCUGGAGAGAGCGGCAGAUCGCAGGGCAGACGCACGGAGGGUUCCCCAGGAGGGCCCUGGCGCGGGGCGAAGUCCCUAGGCUGCCCGGGUGGCGGAGCGCAGAGGCUGCUGUCGCCAUGAGCCACCUCUUCAGUCCCCCGCUGGCUGCUCUGGCCGCCUCGCCGCUGCUGUACGUGUACAGCCCCGAGAGGCCCGGACUGCCCCUGGCCUUCACCCCUGCCGCUGCGCUGGCCGGCCCUGGCCGGGCGGAGCCCCCGCAGAAGCCGCCCUACAGCUACAUCGCGCUCAUCGCCAUGGCGAUCCAGGAUGCGCCCGAGCAGAGGGUCACACUGAAUGGCAUCUACCAGUUCAUCAUGGACCGUUUCCCCUUCUACCACGACAACCGCCAGGGUUGGCAGAACAGCAUCCGCCACAACCUGUCGCUCAACGAGUGCUUCGUAAAAGUGCCGCGUGAGAAGGGGCGGCCGGGCAAGGGUAGCUACUGGACGCUGGACCCUCGCUGCCUGGACAUGUUCGAGAACGGCAACUACCGGCGCAGGAAAAGAAAGCCCAAGCCCGCCGCGGGUUCCCCGGAGGCCAAGCGCACCCGGGCGGAGCCGCCAGAGCCCGAGGUGGGCUGCAAUGCAGGAUGCCCCGGCCUGGCCACUGCAUGCCCGCCGCGCGCGCCGGAUCGUGGUCAGUCCCCGACGGGAGGCACCGCGCAGCCAGCGCUCUUUCCCUGGUCCAGCCCUGAGCCCUGGAACCCCGACGCGGACCGCAGAGUUCAGGGCUCGGGGGCAGUGGUGGGUGGCCAGCGCGAUAGCACAGUGCACCGCCCGGGGUCCCCUCUGCGCCCCGACCCCAGCGGCUCCCCCAAGGGUUCCAAGUCUAAGAGCUUCAGCAUCGACAGCAUCUUGGCUGGGAGGCCAAAGCAAGCUUCAGGGGCGGAGGCCUCGGGAGUCCCAAAGCCUGUGCCGGGCUUGCUGGGCGCCUCGCUGCUGGCCGCCUCCUCCGGCCUACCACCUCCUUUCAACGCUUCGCUGGUGUUCGACCCACAUGUCCAGGGUGGCUUUUCCCAGCUGGGAAUCCCCUUCCUUUCCUAUUUCCCGCUGCAGGUCCCGGAGGCCGCGGUGCUUCGCUUCCAAUAAGGCGGAUCAACAGCUGUUUCCCCGCCCCGCGAGCCCCCACCUCCAGCGAGCAAAGGCCAGCUGCUUGCCUGCGCCUGCGGGUGAAGAAGUCACCUUGGACUCUGCCCUGGCAACUGUGAGUUUGAAACAGCGUAACCACAUCGGCCAAACCCGGUGCACUGGGGGUUAUGUUGGUCUACCUUCUCCGAAGAUGACUUAACCAGCCGCGGGAACUUUGCAGACUUAAAAGACCUGUCCAGGAGAGGACGUGAUCACCGCACACCCAAGCGCUCACAACCCAUCACCAGCAGAACCCCGUUGGGUGGGCCGUUGCCCUUGUAGAAUGACCUCGCUAGAGUCUUCUGCUGACCCUGAGGGCAGGACUUACAGACAUGGCGAACAUUUCUACACGGAAAUUCAACUGGACCGUGGAAGGCUCAGCGGGACUCCCUGUGGCUGUGACCUCUUUGGAUGAUGAGAGCUUGCAUCCAGGGCCCUGGGGAUGAUCCGUGGUCCCCAGGGUCUGGGAAGAGAUGUAAGCCUGGUUAUCAUUUACAACUAAGUUUAAGGGAAACCAGGCAGAGCAGCAACACUCAAUAUGAAUAGAUACAUCUCCUUUACAGUAAAAGGACAUUUAUUCUUGGCUUAUAAACCAGGCUCCUCUUACUUGGCAUGCACCUACGGCCUAGGGUGGUGCAUUAGUGCAUUCUGCAGCUGUGUAGCCCUCUGUUAGCUUCUGCUUUUCUUUUUAAGGGACCAAAAGAGUUCAGGGGACACAGGAGGGUGUGUGUGGAGUGAAUACGUCUCAAGGUCAGAAUUUUUAUUUCUCUUCUUUUCUUUUUUUCAAGAUCUAAGUUUCUUUCCCUCUCCCCAUUUUCCAGAAUCAUAUAGUAAAGGACACCAUGUAAUCAGAAAGGCUGGAGGAGCAAGCACACUCCUGUCUGGUGUGGGACAAAAGCUUCUAGGCUUGAUAGGGACUCUCUAGACUCAACUGGUGGUACCCUAAGUCAGUGUUCCUUCCAGGAGGAUCUGGAUCCUGACAUUAAAUAAACACGUAGGGGUGACCAGAGAGUCGGGGGGUGAGGGUGGGGGAUGAACAAUGAUCAGACUAAGACAACUGAGUUGGUUACAGUUCAGUCCAGCUUUCAGCUUGCGGGGAAACAGAAAGACCUUCACCUUGCCUGUGUUUUAGUUUUCUGAUGGGUUCUGAAAAUUGACUUCCUGAGGAACUAAAGAACUGGCUUUUAUCUGGGGUAAGAAACGUAUAAAAAUGAAGACUUCUUGGGCAUCAGCCCAGAGUGAAGUCUUACAAUGCCACGUCAUAUCUGUAAUUUCAGUAUUUUCGAGGCUGAGGCAGGAGGAUUGCUGUGAGUUUAAGGCUAGUCUGUGCCACAGAGUUAGAUCUGUCUCAAACUGACUAAGGGAAAUCAAACAAACCACUUCCCAGCACUUGUGCAAAAAUGCUUAAGAACUCUCAAGUCCCCUGCUGGUCAGUGGUGGGAAAAGCAUUUUAGGCAGAUGGGAUACUAUCUGGUUGCCAGUGAGAGCUCUGCAAUUCAGUCUUCCAGCCCCAUCCAGGUCCCACCAGGUCUGUGGGGAGAUGGGUGUGUGUGUACAGCAGCUCUAUUUGAAGGACUUUGAGGAGACCCCAUCGUGAAUCCAGGUGGCUGUGACUGACUAGAAUGCAGCAGGCAGGCUGCCAUUGGAUGUUUCCCAUGUGCUCAGCCUCUGAAUAAAGGUUGUUUUUUCAUUAACCUCUCACUGACUGGUUCAGCGGAUUAUGGGGACAUAAACAAACAGUGUAGUAGGAAUGAGAGAGCGGGAUUAUAUCCGAGAACCCGGUCAGCAUCUUUGGCAGCCUGGGUGAAGACAAGCUGCUGCGGGGGAGGGACCAGAAACCCCACUGAG